AGCGCACGUUUAGGCUAAAAAAAAAAACGCUUCGGCGGACCGGCGCAAAUCUCUGAAAAAAAGUAGAGGAAGAAGAAAACAGAGAUACGGCUCAACGCUCGAAGUCCACCUCUAGCGCACGUUUACACGGGGAAACUAUUGGAAAAACGUAGCUAGAACGGACGCGAGAACACUUUCUGUGUGAACGGCCCCUUUAGAAUGAUGACUCGCACAGCUGUGUGCGUUCCUAGGCAAUCCCCGUCGUGAGCGCGCACCGAUUGCGCUCACGCUCCCCGUUUCAUUUCGCGUAUCAGAGCCGGUCAACAUUAUUGACGAUGGAAAGCUGAGCCAUUUUCAUUCACAGACCAAACCAAUAAACCAGGGUCAUUCAAGAACAGCCUGCAAACGAAAGGAUUUUAUUCACGCCACAUUUGUGGUUCGAUUUGGCCAUGGGUGGGACCAAGAGUAAACCCAAAGAACUAGGCCAGCGCUCCCGUAGUCUGGACGACGGCACUGGAGGACACAACCACAGUCUCAACCAAUCCUCUUUCACGCCCAACCGGAGCCCGACUGUGGAUGGCACCAGACGUGGCACCCAGACAAAAAUCAUCAACGCAGAGCAGGCGCUGUUCGGAGGCGUUAACUCCACAGACAACAGCAUUUCCUCACCUCACAGAUGCCCGCUAGCUGGUGGCGUGACCACAUUUGUGGCUUUGUAUGACUACGAGUCACGCACCGCCUCCGAUUUGUCAUUCAGGAAAGGAGAACGACUCCAGAUUGUCAAUAACACGAGAAAGUUGAACCCCAGGGAGGGUGACUGGUGGCUGGCGCGCUCGCUGACGACAGGAGAGAGUGGCUACAUCCCCAGCAAUUACGUGGCACCGUCUGACUCCAUCCAGGCUGAAGAGUGGUACUUUGGAAAGAUUACAAGAAGGGACUCUGAGCGACUCCUCUUGAGUUUGGAAAACAGGAGAGGAACUUUCCUGGUCAGAGAGAGUGAGACCACCAAAGGUGCUUACUGUCUUUCCGUCCUGGACUAUGACAACGUCAAAGGCCUAAAUGUCAAACAUUACAAGAUCAGGAAGCUGGACAGCGGGGGAUUUUACAUUACAUCACGCACACAGUUCAGUACGUUACAGCAGCUGGUGAACCACUAUCGACAACAUGCAGACGGUCUGUGUCACUGUCUAACUGACGUGUGUCCAGUCCUGAAACCUCAGACUCAGGGUCUUGCUCGGGAUGCCUGGGAGAUUCCACGUGACUCUCUGAGACUGGACGUCAAACUGGGCCAGGGCUGUUUUGGAGAGGUCUGGAUGGGUACGUGGAACGGUACGACACGCGUGGCUAUCAAGACUUUGAAGACUGGCACCAUGUCUCCUGAGGCAUUUCUACAGGAGGCACAAGUUAUGAAGAAACUCCGUCAUGAGAAGCUUGUGCAGCUUUACGCUGUCGUCUCAGAGGAGCCAAUUUACAUCGUUACUGAGUACAUGGGACAAGGAAGUCUGUUAGAUUUCCUGAAGGGUGACAUGGGGAAAAUGCUGCGGUUGCCUCAGCUUGUGGAUAUGGCCUCUCAGAUUGCCUCUGGAAUGGCGUACGUGGAGAGAAUGAACUAUGUGCACAGAGACCUCAGGGCUGCCAACAUCCUGGUGGGUGAUAACCUGGUGUGUAAAGUGGCUGACUUUGGCCUCGCCCGACUCAUAGAGGACAAUGAAUACACGGCCAGGCAGGGAGCAAAAUUUCCCAUUAAGUGGACUGCGCCAGAGGCGGCACUGUACGGCCGCUUUACCAUCAAAUCUGAUGUGUGGUCAUUUGGGGUCUUACUUACUGAGCUGACGACGAAAGGCAGGGUGCCUUAUCCAGGCAUGGUUAACAGAGAGGUAUUAGACCAGGUGGAGCGUGGUUACCGGAUGCCCUGUCCCGCCGAGUGCCCGGACUCCCUGCACGAGCUCAUGCUCACCUGCUGGCGUAAGGAGCCUGAAGAGAGACCGACCUUCGAGUACCUCCAGGGCUUCCUGGAAGACUACUUCACCUCGACUGAACCACAAUACCAACCAGGGGAGAACCUCUAAAGGAACCUUGAAGAAACAGCCCAGUGUGAAACCAGAGACACUUGGAGGCUUGGAAAUAACUUCACAUGGUUUAUGUCUCGAAGGGACAGCACGGCAGUUUGUAACCGAAAACAAUAUUGAUCCACGGAGGCACCCAGCUGUGACUGCACAUAGCAGCCUCCGUUCAGUACAGCUGCCUCGGUUUAAAGCAACUUACUGGUUUUCCAAUGAUCUCACUUGCAUCGCUCCCUGUAAUUAUCGUUGCAUGCUUUUUCCAUGUGGACGGCGCUUUCAUUGCUAACAAACGGUCACGCAACUCUCACAAGAAAAGCAAAUUGCGUCUCCAGUCAUGCAACUCUCUUUUUGCGGAUAAUCAGUGCUAGCCUAAAUUUCCGAGGCUCUGUAACCAGGACGAUUGAUCUUUUGCUGUUUUUCCUUGACCUCAAUGUACCGCCACCUCGCUCCUCCUUAACCCUUUGAGCAAAUGGUCUAGAUCUGUCACUCAUUCUUUCUUCUCCUCCCCCCUCAAUCCAUCACUUCUUUCAUCCCAUUCCCCUUCAUACCCCCAAUACUUCAAGCUCCUUUUGCUCUGUGGUUCUCCAUAAAGUCUUUGACCUUGUUCACUGAGUGCAAAGCAGUCAAAAGUAUACCGUAAAGUCUGAAGAGACACAUCAAAUGGACGAAACGUUGUAGACAACAUCAGGUGUCCAAUAGAGGGCAACGGCGACUGUGUAGGGCAACGGGAGACAAUUGUGGUUUUACAACUAAACGGCUUUGUUCACCACCCUUUUCUGAUUCAUUUAAUCACGGAUGUUCCGAUUAAUGUCUUCCAAUAGAUAUCCAGGGUCUGUAUUUAUGAUAUUUAUGCCUUUAACUGGUACAAAUUACAUUUUUGCUGUCCCACUAUGUUUCAUUCUUGUAUGAACCUGGAUCAACUGGAAUAAAGAAUGUGAUUGGCUGAUCACUGUUCACGUGACAUCUUGGCUCUUGCAGAUUGGGUGGGAAAAAAAACCAUUCAGACUGAAAUAUUCGAAAUGAACCAUUCUUCCUUUCGAUAUGGAUAUGUAAUCAAUUAUAUAAUUGUAAAGAGUGCUGCUUUCAUUUGCUAUAGAAUUAUACUCGAAACAACUACUGAUAUAUAGUUUAUUUGGUUUCAAGCAGAGGUGACUGUAUAAUCCUACUUUGUGUGCCAAUGCAAAUGAGAAGAAAAAAGAAUUUUGUACCAUUUUAUUAUGUAUAAAAUGUAUUUUUAUUAAUGUACUUUUUGUAUCAAAGAUGUUGAGGAGGCUUUAUAACUAGAAUUGAAAGAGAUAGCUCACCCAAAAAUGAAAAUUCUGUCAUUUAUUCAUACCUUUUAUGAUUAUCUUUCUUUUGUUGAACACAUAAUAAAGCUUCAAAUAAGGACAAAAAAGUACAAGUACCAUUAAAGUAGUCAACUAUGUAAUUUACAUGCUAUGUUUCAAACGAUCUAAAGCCAUACAAUUGCGUUAUGUGAUGAUCAAACCGAAAUUUAAGUCAUUAUUCAUUGAUAAUCAUCCAUUUCCUCCAGUGCCAUCAAAUCUCAUUCACGUUUCUGCAUAUUCAAAUUUGGCGCAUCACGAUAGGUGACUGGGACACACUUCACUGACACCAAAAUUCAAAAUGAGCAACAUGAGGGUGAGUAAAUAAUGGCAGAAUUUAUUUUUGGAUGAACUAUCGCUUAAAUUAUCACUCAAAAAAAGGGUUCAAGAUAUGCUUGAACUGACUCCUUAAGUUAAAUACUUGAAUUUAAAUUUUUUUAUUUUAAUUUUUUUAUUUAUGUUUUGGCUUUUGGAGACAAAAUCAGGCACUCAAAGUGGAAGUUGCCUAUAUUUUAUAUGCAAAAUCGCCAUCGUUAUAACUAUAAUUGGAAGCUGGGUAACUAUCUCAAGUCUAUUGCUACUACUUUAUAAUCAGAUCUUUAUAUAAAUACACUAAUGUCCCACAGAAAGCCAUCAACCUUAUCUGUGUGGUGUUUCACGUUUCAAUCAUGUGUUAAAUGAUGGUUGCACAGGCAUGACUGUGUCAGGUUAUACCGAAUGCUUGGUGACGAUAUAACUCGGUCACUUUUGACCGUGAAACAAGCCCAGAAGUAAUACAAUCACUGCUGAAGACAAUGUGGAAUCAAAUGCAUUUGAGUUUUAAUUUCCCCACAUUUAAUGAUAUGAUGAUGAUUGUACGGAUCAUAAUGGGUUUGGAACAGCUGGUAGAUAUGAUCUCCGUUGACGCCUGUCAAUAUUAUUGUAAAUACUUUUUAAUGGUUACUGUAAAUAUUUAUUCCUAUAGUCUCAGUUUAUGAUCAGCAGAUUGAUUCUCCCCUCAAGAUCAACAUUAUGUGUUGACGAUCAUUAUUCAUCUUGAAACGUGUUCAAUGGUUUUUAUAAGAAAUGCAACUGAUGUUAUACUUUAAACGCAGUUGCUUUUUUUUAAACACUGCAUAGAGGCGACCAAUCAUGAGAAGCCGUCAUGUGAUCUAAUUCGGUCAAUGUGGAUGCCCAUUUCUGCCACAUUUCUGCCAUAAUUUGGACUUCUUGUCUAAUUUUUAUGACUUUGAAUCUCAGACCUAUCCCUAACUAUCUCAUAGUUACAUUUUUUAAUCUCAUAAACUCAUAAUGACUUUCCAAUGGAAAAGUUGUUUUUUUGCCAUUUGGCAGAAAUGGACAUGCAUAGAUCUUUAUUUUGCUGUAUAUUGUUCUUCGCAGUUCUAGCUUUAACAUAAAUAAUAAUUCUUUCUUUAUGUUUGACAGUGAACAUAUCUUUUGUUUUUAUCUAUGUUUUAUCUAACUCUUUUAAAUGUUAUAAACCUGCUGUUGAUUUUGACAGGUGUAGUAGUUACUGCAAAGUUGAACUGCUCUGUAUGCAUCACUCUGAUCAUAAUAUGAGAGAAAUAAAACCGGGUUGACGUGACACAUUACAUGCACUAGAACUAGGAGAAACAAAGAAAUAAAGCAAAUCAUCACAUGUAGUAAUAAUUCAAACAAAAUAAUCAUUCUUUCAUCGUCAGAUCUACAAGUAACCACAAUAUCAGUGCAACCCCUUCUCAUUUGAGUAUACAAACUCUGAAUCUGUUUACUCGGAGAUCUAUAUUUUAACCACUGCUGUUCCGAGUUGAAUUCCAAGUUCUUGUUCCCGUCCCACUGUACAGUGUUCUGCAAUUCCAUGACCCGUUUCAAAAUAAGAAAUAACACUGAAAUGAGCUUUGUACUUUAAAAACAUAUGUAAAGGUGUUAUCUUUUUUCCCCAAGUACAAUAAACUGUUU